UGACUGUGACGUUUAAUAUAAAAAUAUUUAUUUUUUGAUAUUUGGAUUAUUUAUUUUGUCUGCUAUGAUACGUCUGAUUUGAAGGUGAUGUCGUAUCGAACUGCAUUCGUAGGAUUAAUCUAUUUUUAAUUAAUUUGUUUGAUUCGUAUAGAAACUGUGAUUUUCUUUGAAGAAGGAAAAAAAUCGUACAGCUUUAGAUUUAAAUAAAAUGAAAGAAGGGCGUUUGAAAUGAAAUGCGAGUGUUCUACUCUAGUGUACCUAAUAUGUUUGCAAGUGGUGUGAAUAAAAAUGGCAAGUAGGAACAUUGCCAAUAUGCAUUUGUUCCUGGAAAUGAAGACAAAAUUCCCUUACUUGCCUGAAGAUACCUUAAGAAACUAUGUCUUUCUUUAUGCACAAGACCAAGCUAAAUGUUUAAGUCUCCUUCAACAAGAAAGUGAAAAUCACUUUCACCAUAGUCAUCAGUUCUCAGAUUUUCGCCAGACUGAUAAUAAAACCAACGACAAAAUAACUAAAAGCACCGAAGAAAACUUUGAUUCCAUAUCAAACAUUAUAAAUUUUAAUAUUCCUCCUGAACCUAACUUCAAAAUGGCUCCUAAUAACUUUAAUUUCAAGGAUUCUGAUUUGCAUCAAUUUUCCAAUCCACCUAGUUCUUCUCCUAGAACUAACCGAAGUACAAACGUUAUCCACUUAUCCACCAAAUCUACAAACUUUGCUAAUCUUCCACAACAAGAGAGUCGCUCUGCUCCAAUUAUAGAUGAUUCUGAAAGACCUUUUGUAAACAUGUUUACAUCAGUUCCAGAGUCUAGUCAUGUAUUUCAACAGAUUCCUCGUGAUCCAAGUUAUUCUAAUCAAAUGAUGUUUUCCACUACCAAGGAACAUAUCAUAGAGCCAUGUGGUACAAGUGAUAAUAACUUCAAUCAAAGCUUUACAAAUUCAAACAAGACUGAUUCAUCGAAAAAGCAUGCUGUGAAACUUAGUAUAACCCCCAUGCUACCAUAUCAACAACAACAAAUGAAUGUAUAUAGUAAUACUGUAUGUGCUACUGCUUCUCAUUCUUCAAGACCUGGCCGCCAUACGACCUCAGUAAAUUUUCAGCUACAACCUCAAUAUUCAGAUCAGCUGCCAUUGGAAAUUUCCUCAGUUCCCACUGGUAUGGGGAGGCCUUGUAACUAUAGAGACUUCGGCUCUCAUGUUCAGAUAUCGGUGGGUGCACAGGGUGCAACAUUUACAGCUUUAAGACUUCAAAGACCUCCUGUUGCCCAAAAUCCAAAUAUUGAUUAUUCUUCUAAUAAAGUUUCCUCUGGAAAAAACUAUAGUAGUGAUUAUUCAGAAUCUUCUAGUCAGAAUUUAAAUUUCAAAUUCGAUAAGUUUUCUAGUUCAUCUAAGAGAGUGAAAAUUCCACAAAUAAAUUUGAACAAUCAUCCUGAAUAUUUUGAACAGAAAGAAAAUGUGUCAGUUUCUUCUGUUAGUGAUCAGAGAUCUAGUAAAGAUAUUGGCUGGUUUUUAGAUCCUAACAAUAAAAAGGAACUAAAGCACCCUCCUUCGCAUGGUUAUCAAACAACGCCGGAUUACAUUCAAGCUGUUAAAAGUCAUCAACGUUCCCAACUGAAAAUUGUUCAAGAAGAAUUGGAUAAAGCAAAAUCUAUAUUUUCUAAUUUAAAAUCAGAAGUUAAUAGAAUGGAGUUUGAAUUACUUAAGAGAAAAGAAAACAUAGUAUCCUCUUCAUAUGGAGAAGUUAUUAAAAAACUAAAAGCAGAAAAUCGGCAACUAAGACUAGAAUGCAAUUGCCUGCUCUUAGAAUAUGAUAUGAUUAGUAAAGGUCAAAUUCCAGUUGGAGAAACAAAUGAAGAUUUUUAUUCUAACAUCUUCACUGGACCAAAUGAUGGAUUAGCUUUAUAUUCUCAUAGUGGACAAAAAGCUUCUAAGAAAGAAAAUCCAGUUAAAUCUGAGCAAAUUCUGUAUGAUGAAGAUGAUGAAAAGAAUUCCUGGAAAUGUAAAAAGUGUACUUUUGUAAAUCAUCCGGCAUUAGAAAAAUGUGAAAUAUGUGAAAUUUCUAAAAAUUCAGGUUAUGUAGAAUUUAAAACAAACUAUUCUACCAGCUCUCAUAUUCAACUUUCACCUCCCUCUCAACAGCAGCAACCUAAAAGAGCAGUGGGUAGUGUUCAAAUAUCUGUCACUAGGCGUGUUCCUACUUAUUCCAAAAGUGUUAAACUGCAUUUAACACACAGAAUGCCUAGAUAAUUAAUUUUUGUGUAGUGAAAUGCUCUUUUAGUGAUAUAUUUACCUUUUUAUGCUCUUAUUCUCUUUCUUCAGGUUACGUAGAAUUUAAAACAAACUACAGUCAAACCCCGCCAUAGUGAACACGGUUUAUAA